CCAUUCAGUUCGUCGCGAUUGGUCAGUGCUUAUCCCAAAGCGAUUCCUUUCCAUUGGAUGAUUCCGGAUGGUUGCCCGAUGACGUCACUCAUUCCUAUGCAAAUGAGGUAUUCAAGAUGGCGGACUUUGGUCAAGUGUAGUUUGGAUGUCGGGAACUCUCUGCGAACGAACUAUGCCUAAAAGGCGCAAUGGAGAGAUCCCAUUGCCAGAAGGUUGGGAUAUCGGCAGGGAUUACGACGGUAAAAUAUAUUUCAUCGAUCAUAUCAAUCAGAAAACAACAUGGAUAGAUCCUCGGGACAGGUACACAAAACCUCAAAGUUUUGCAGAUUGUGUUGGAGAUGAAUUACCUUUUGGCUGGGAAGAAUGUUAUGAUCAACAAAUUGGAGUUUAUUAUAUUGACCAUUUGAAAAAAACCAAUCAAAUUGAAGAUCCUCGUCAGCAAUGGAGACAGUUACAAGAAGCAAUGCUCAAAGAAUAUUUACUUACUGCUCAGAAGGAUUUAAAAGCAAAACAAGAGAUCUAUGACAUCAAACAACAAAGACUUUCUUUAGCUCAAGAUGAAUAUCAUCAUCUUACUGCUGCUCUUCAUGGCUUAACUAAUUAUCCAUCUAAUGUUAGUUUGUACUCUGUGGGUUCUUCAAGUAGUGGUAGCACUACUACAAAAUAUGAUCCUGAUUUAUUGAAAGCUGAUGUGGCUUUGGCUAAAGAAAGAGUGGCCCGUUUAAAGAGAGAACUAGAUCAGAUAAAAACUGAAGUAUAUUAUAAAGAACAGGGAAUAGAAGCUCUUGCAAGAGUGGAUCAACAGUUUUCUGAUCAGCAAACAGGUUAUAGUUUAGCUGAAGCUCAAGCAAUUUUUGAAGAAUUGCGCAACAUUCAGAAAUCUCUUAGUAGUGGAGAAAAAGAAAAAAUUGAACUUAUGCAAAGUUUGGCAAGAUUAAAAGAAGAUUUAUCAUGUUUGCAGCCAGCAUCUCCAGAUGUCUCUACAUUAAGUAUUCCCCAAGAGAAACUUAGUACAGCAUCACAAACAGAUUUGUCUGGAGAGAUUGGACGUGUUGGUGCACGUUUGGCAGAAAUGGCUCGUAUGAGGUUACAAUAUGAUGAAGCUAGAAAACAAGUUCACAAGAUCCAACAAGAACUAGCUGAUCUUGAAGAUAAAAUGGCUCCUGGUCAAGUUGAAUCAGAUAAGGACAGGCUUCUACUGAUACAAGAGAAGGAACAACUCCUCCGUGAACUUCGUAGUAUCAACACCAAGAGCCGAACUGAAAGUGAAAUUUCUUCUAUUCAUAAUGAAAUAUCCAAGUUAGAACAGGACCUCAGUAAUGCCAUGGAGAUGUCAAAUCGGGCUAUUGCUGAUAGAUUAAAAUUACAUGAGCAGAAAAAUGUUCUUCUUCAAAAGUUGAGAGAUGCAAUGCGAUUAACAACAUUUUUGGAAUCGCAAUUAAAAAGUGUAUCUACAAGUUCAUUAUCAAUGUCUUCAAGCAGUUCUCUUGGAUCUUUGAGCACUGGUUCUCUUUCAGCAAGCAGCAAAGGUUCUUUAAGCAGUUUAAGUUUUACAGAUAUUUAUGGUCUUCCUCAAUGUUCUGUAGAUCCAUCUCUUCAAGAUCUUCAUAAAAGAGUUGGUCAUCUGCUGCAAGGUAGCACACAAAGUAUAGCAUCUUCCUCAGUAGGUUAUGAAGAUUCUCAGUCUGUUCCAUUUGGUCAAAAUCAAAGUGGACCUUCACUUUCACCUCGAUCUUCAUUAUCAUCAAUUUCACCACCUGUUUCACCAUAUGAAUAUGGUCCACCUCCUACUUACGAACAAACAAAUACAGAAAAAAUUAGAAAGUCACAAAAAUUAGAAGAAAAAUUUAAUGACUUCAAAUUAUUACCAGGACUUAUUGAAUCAUGCCGUUUAGAACAGGGAAUGACCAUUGAUACAAACAUUCGGCAAUUACAGUCUGCACCUGCUGUAUCUCAUCAAAAUCGGCCAUCUUUUAAUUCAUUAUCUGCAGCUGAUCCUCAUCUACCUAAAAAUAUCUAUGAUUCUGGGAGUGAUGUUACAAGUAAUCCACCACUUAGUCCCAUAUGUGAAUUAUCUACAGAUCAAGAUGAAUUACAAGCCACAGGCUUAGCUAUUUCAAAUAACAGAAGUGUUUCAGCAGCAGUUAGUGAUGAAUCAGUUGCUGGAGAUAGUGGAGUUUUUGAAGCAUCAAAUAAAAGAUUGGGUGGUGAUUGUCUUGGUUUAAGUGAAAUGAAUUUAGAAACUGCCCAGGUGCAAGUGAAAUUGAGGUAUUCAUCUGAAGAUGGUCUUCUCCAUGUGGGAGUAGAAAGAGCUCGAAAUUUAGCAGCUCUAUCCGUACCUGAACAACAUAAAGUAUGUAUUAAAGUGGCAUUAUUACCAAGUUCACAUGAUAUAUUAGAUAACUUUAGUACUGCCCCAAUUGAUACUCUUGGAAAGCCAACAAUUGGUGAAAACUUCAGAUUUCCUAUACCUUGGUCAAAAUUAUAUACCAAAACUUUACAAGUUAAUAUUUGGUCUAUAUCAUCAACUAAUGAAGAAGAAUGCUUGGGUAGUUCUCAAGUAAGUUUAGCUGAUUUUAAUCCUGAAACUACAACUGUGAAAUGGUAUAAUGUGUUGAGUUUCAGAUUUAUGCAACCUGAUCCAUUUCCUGAUAGAGUUAAUAGGAUUGCUGAUGAUCGAUCAGAAAUUGUAGAAGGUAUUCAUCCUCGUGUUAUGAGUUUAAAAGAAGAAAGUAGUGAUGAAUCAACUAUUAUUUCUUCGAAAACUUCAACUCUUACAAGAAACCAAGGAAAUGAUAUAGUAGAUUCUGGUGGAGUAAUGGGUGAAGAGGGCAACGACAGUGAUGAUAAUGAUGAUGAUGACGAUGAUGAUGAUGACGAAGAGAAUGGAGAAGGACUUGAAGAAAAUUUAGUGAAUAUUACUGAAGAAGGAAAGCUAAAACGUUGUGUCCAGUGUGAAGCAGAAAGACUUGGUAAUGUAGCACUUUGUGAUAAAGAAACAAAUACAGAAUGUGUGUUCAUGCCUGAGAAAAGUCCUAAAAAACGAUCAGAUGAUGUUUCUAGAACAGCUAUGAUAAAAAGAUCACAGACUUUUUCUCCUAGUGCAGCUGUAAGCAAGAAUCAAUAUAUUUGUAGGUUAAAUAGAAGUGAUAGUGAUAGCUCUAUGCCAUUGUAUCGUAAAGCUGGACCUUUUCAACGUAAUUCCUUAGAAAGGAGAAGUCUCAGAUGGAAAAAGCCUCCACCGGUUUGUUCAAAGCAUAGUUCAAGUGUGUUUGGUUUGCGGGCUGGUCCCAUACGAACAUCACUUGAUUUAGCCCUUGAUCUGCAGGCUUCACAAACUCGACUAAAUCAUUUACAAGAUGAAAUUGCACAGUUAAGAGAAUGGAAACAACAUUUAGAAGAAGCUAGAGCUAAAGGAGAUCAGGAAAUUCCUUUAUGGUUAAAUGAAAAUGAAAAAUUACAACAAAUUCUUGCUACAAUUAAUAAAGAGGGAAAUAAGCAAAAUCCUGAGGAUAAGAAAAUAGAAAAAUUAUUAAAGAAGACAUCUAGAGAAAUUUAUAAAUUGAGGAAAAGUCGCAAAAAACAACCUGAUUUAAGUUCUUUCAAAGAAAAAAUGGCAUUUUUUCUUCAUGCAAAUCCUGUGUUUUCAUCUAUGUGUAACAAACAUUCAGAGACAAAUUCUGAAAAUCAAACAAACUGUAGAAGUAAAUGUUCAUCACAACCUGAAACUGAAGGUGAAAGUUAUGUAAGUGAAUCUGAUGAUGGUAAGAAAACACAAAAAUACGAAUACACAGUUGAUCCAGAAUUAGGAGUUCAGGUGUGAAAAAUGUUUUAUUUCUAAAGUUGUGAUUCUUUAUUUCGCACAUCUCUUGAAGUUGUGUGCCAUAAUGGAAGUGGCCCAAUAACAAGAUGGCAUCACUGUACAAGAGACAAGGAAGACAGAAGAAUUUUUAUAUU